ACUUCAGUACGGCACUGCGCUGAUCGUUCCAGUGAUUGUUAUUGAAGAAUAGCACCGACGUUUCAGAUAUGUCGCGUUUUAGUGUGGUGACUGAAUGGGCUAAGGUGUCAUAACGUGUGUACUGGUGUAUAAUACUGGUAUACUAGCUGGCGAAUGCAUUCUCCUAAGGUUACCUGCCAGUGUAUUCCUGAUAGGUUACGCAGUACAAAAUAAUACUGCUGCAAAAGAUAGGGACUAGAAGAAUGAGUUACAGCUUAUGCCGCUUAACGCGUGACGAGAACUCCAGAGCUGUUUGGUGAUAAUUUCAUCUGUGUAUGCGUGUUUUUACGCAAAGAAAAUGUUUUAAAAGGCCACUUAAAAGGGCAGGCACGUUGUGGAAAUUUACCCGAAAAACACUGUGUCUUCAGCGUGCGAUUUCUGGCGAGCAGAUGCACGUAGACGGCUGAAAAUCGGCCUUUAUCUGCCUUUCGAUUAUCCGUUGUGCAUCACCAAAAACUUAUGGAUAUCUGCCUAACUUGCAUCAUCUUCUUGGGUUGCGGAGUCUACCUCUUAGUUCAGAUGAUUCGCUUCAUCUUCGCUGACGCAGACUUCACUUUGCUAUGGGCAGCUAGGUUCGGUAGUAAACCAGGGGUAUAUACCUUGCCCACCACAGAGACACACCAAGUCCUACCAUGGUCCAUAUACACAGAAAGCCUUGGUCCUGUCUUUUGUGCUUUAUCAUGUUCCAGCACAAAACCCGUGGAUCAUAGAAGUCGUGAAGAGUCUGUUACUGCCUAUAUUGCUCCCUAUAUUCCAUUUUUACCACCUCAUCCUCAAACAAAGAACAGGAAGCACACAGUAUCCUGGGAGUCUUCACCAUGCCCUCCACACACUCACUCUGUCCACAGUAUUACAAUCAAAAAGGAUAUUCUUGUGCUUCCGCUCGAUUUGCUGGACAGGGCGUCCCACCCAGCGAAGGCCCGCGCUGUACUGCAACACUUCAGCAACGUAGAUGUGCUGAUUAACAACGGAGGCCGCAGCCAGCGCUCGUUGUGCGUGGACACGGACAUGGAGGUGUACCAAGGUCUCAUGGACCUGAACUACUUGGGCACCGUGUCCGUAACCAAGCAGGUCCUGCCCCACAUGACGCGCCAUGGCAGCGGUAUCAUAGCAACCGUCAGCAGCAUCUCCGGUCUGGCUGCGGCGCCCUUGUCGACGGGGUACUGCGCCAGCAAGCACGCGCUGCAGGGCUUCUUCAACACUCUGCGUUCAGAGCUGACCGAUUACCCAGACAUCAGCGUCAUCAUGAUCUGCCCGGGACCUGUUGUUUCCCAGAUCGUGCAGAACGCUUUCACCGAGCAGCCAGAUAAGCCUGUGUCCAGCGCUGGCGACCAGAUGCACAAGAUGACCACUGAGCGCUGCGUGUGCCUCAUCCUGGCCGGACUGUCCAAUCGAGUGAAGGAGAUGUGGAUCGCCCAGCAGCCUUUCCUGCUCAUGUUCUACCUCUGGCAGUAUGCACCCACCCUUGCCUGGUACAUGACCAACAUGCUGGGGAAGAAGCGUGUGCAGAACUUCAAGGCUGGUCUGGAUGCAGACUCUGCAUACUUCACCAAGGCAAAGGUCAAGACUACCUGAGAACCUCCAAGAACCUACAUGUACUGAGCCCUUGUGAUGUUCUCACCUGAAGCUUCAUACUUCACAAGGCAUAACGCAGUGCAAGGAGUAGCACUGGCACAAGCACUGAAACAUUCUGAAACUAGGACAUUUUUAAACAUUUAAAAAAAAAAUUAAAAUUACAUAUUCAUAUAUUAAUGUAAACAUUAGGACAUUUUCCAUUUCUUAUCAGGUACACACGUCAAGGAACACUCAAGUUGUAUUUGAGAAAGGUAAUCUCUGAACUCUAAGGGCAUAGUACUAAGGAAGGGGGCUUCUGUAACUGCUACCUUAGACAAGCUUCAAAUGUCUCAUUAGGUAAGAGCUGAGUCUACUCUUGUAAAUUGUUGAGUGGAUCAGUCUACAAGACUUGUAAAGUUGACCUAGAUUAAAAAAGGACUGUAAUGGUCAGGACUACAUACAUUAAAGGAGUUUAUAGACACAAAUCCCCAUCUUUCUAGUAAAGAAUGGUUUGUUUUGCUAAGGCUAUGCAUGCGAGUUACUUAGCCUGCCAUUGGUGUUCCUGUACUAGUUGUAGCCCUUCAAUGAAACAAAUGGUCAAAAUAACCCAAAGUAACCAAAACCUGCAUCUCACAUACAUAUGAUGCCCUGCGCAUAUAUGCAUUUAUCUGAAAGAAAGUGAUGUACAGGAGAAAAUUCAUUUUUAAUGUAAGAUCAAUUUUACACCUGUAAAAAUGGGUCCAAAAAAGUUACUUUUAACAUUUAUGAAAUAAAAGUCAAAGGCA